AUGCGUUCCUUCGCGAUCCUUUCCUUGGUAGCUUCCAUGCUAGGAAGCGUCUCUGCCAGUCCUACUUUGGUAAACCGAGCUGUUUCAUUCAACCGAACCAUUGCCCCAGCUGGUGCGAUUGUCGUCGAUGAGACUGGUGAAGUUGCCGGUUCCUACACUACAUUCCAAGCAGGUGUAGACGCUUUAUCUGCCAAUACUAUCGACGAUCAAUACCUUUUCGUUGCCCCUGGUACCUACUUUGAGCAAGUCUACCUCCCAGCUCUCGCAUCAAACCUUACCAUUCAAGGUUACACCCCCGAUGCCCGUACCUACAGAGAUAACCAGGCAACCCUCACCUACAAUCUCGCUCUCAUCAACACCACAUCCGACGAUUUAACCGCCACCUUCCGUGCCCACAACACUAAUACCAAAGUGUACAAUCUCAUCAUCAAGAACACCUUCGGCCACAUAAACAGCAACGGUCAAAAUCUCGCCCUCUCCUCCUACGCUACCAACGUCGGCUUUUACGCCACCCAAUUCUGGGGAUACCAAGACACCGUCCUUGCCGAGGCCGGUUACCAACUUUACGCCAAAUGCCUCAUCGUCGGUGCCAUUGAUUUCAUCUUUGGCGAGAAGGCCCUCGCCUGGUUCGAAAAGAACGAUAUCCGAACCAUUGCCAAUGGAGCCAUCACCGCCUCGGGUCGCACUAAUGCUGAGGUCGAUUCCUGGUAUGUGAUCAACAACUCCAACAUCGCCAAUCUCAACAGCAGUCUCAAGUCAUACAACAACUAUCUCGGAAGACCAUGGAGAGACUACGCCCGCGUCGUUUUCCAGAACAGUUACUUGGGUGAUAACAUUGUCGCCGCCGGAUGGCAAGAGUGGAGUACCUCGGCGCCCCAAACCGACGAGGUUUUCUUCGGAGAAUACAACAACUACGGCCCCGGAAGCGUAUUGCAGGAAGGACCAAGAGCCAACUUCAGCAGCCAAUUGACGGCCUCGAUUGACAUUACCACCGUCUUGGGUACUAGUCAUACCAAUGAGUUCUACUACGAUGCCAGCUACAUGUAA